GUUGAGGGGUUAGAAAUGGGAGCCAUUGGUGGAGAAGAGUUGAUGAAGUGGGAGAAAAUGCAAGGGGGUGGAGAAGAGAAGAUCUUGGUGUUAGUGAGAUUGAGGCCACUGAGUGAAAAAGAGAUUUCGAGGAAUGAAGUUUCAGAUUGGGAAUGCAUCAAUGAGACUACGGUUUUGUAUAGGAACAGCAUUCAGGAGCGAUCUGGGUUUCCGAGUGCUUAUACAUUUGACAGCGUAUUCAGGGGUGACUGCUCAACAAGAGAAGUGUACGAGGCAGGAACGAAAGACAUUGCACUUUCAGUUGUUAGCGGUAUCAAUUCAACUAUUUUUGCGUAUGGACAAACCAGCAGUGGAAAGACAUACACCAUGAAUGGAAUCACAGAGUAUACUGUGGCGGAUAUUUAUGAUUAUAUACAAAAGCAUGAAGAACGAGCAUUUGUUUUGAAGUUUUCUGCUAUAGAAAUCUACAAUGAAGUUGUUCGCGACCUCCUCAGCUCAGAUAAUUCUCCCCUAAGACUGCUUGAUGAUCCUGAGAAAGGAGUUAUUGUUGAAAAACUCACAGAAGAAACUCUGAGAGAUUGGAGUCAUCUCAAGGAGCUCCUAUCCAUCUGUGAAGGUCAAAGACAAAUCGGGGAGACUUACCUGAAUGAAACAAGCUCGAGAUCUCAUCAAAUUCUUAGAUUGACAAUUGAAAGCUCUGCUCGCGAGUUUAUAGGGAAGGACAACAAAACGACCCUAGCUGCUAGUGUGAACUUUGUUGACCUUGCUGGAAGUGAGCGUGCAUCUCAGGCAUUAUCUGUUGGUCAAAGACUGAAGGAAGGCUGUCACAUAAACCGUAGUUUACUCACUUUAGGAACUGUCAUUCGCAAGUUAAGUAAGGGGAGAAAUGGUCACAUCAACUACAGGGAUUCUAAGCUAACGCGUAUUCUGCAGCCUGCCUUGGGUGGCAAUGCUAGAACUGCUAUAAUAUGCACAUUAAGCCCUGCAAGAAGUCAUGUUGAGCAAUCACGAAAUACUCUCUUAUUUGCUUGUUGUGCGAAGGAAGUAACCACCAACGCACAAGUCAAUGUGGUUAUGUCUGACAAGGCUUUGGUGAAGCACUUACAGAAAGAGUUGGCUAGAUUAGAGAGUGAACUGAGAACACCUGGAACUUGUUGUGAUCAUGUGGCACUGCUAAGGAAAAAAGAUGUGCAGAUCGAAAAGCUGGAGAAAGAGAUUAAAGAACUAACAAAACAACGUGAUCUUGCUCAAUCACGGGUUGAGGAUUUGCUGCAGAGGAAUGAAAAUGAUCAGCAUUCUAGCAAUAUGCUCAAAUGCAGUAGUUAUUCAUCUAAACCCCUGGAAGAAACCACUUGUGACAAUGAAUGCUCGGUAUCUGGGUCAGAAAAUGGAGAAAACUCUGUUUCGUCUCAUCUACAGCAGAGAAAGGAACUUGCAAUUGGGAGUGAAGAUGAAACAGAUGAGCAUUGCAAGGAAUUUCGCUGUAUAGAAAUGGAUGAGUCUUGUACAGAUCAUGCUUCUGAAUUAUUUGAGUUACCUAACAGCAAUAAUCGAAUGUUGCCAGUGUCCAGAGAUGCACCAGAUUCUGAUCACGAGUUAUCACCACCCUCACCUAUAAGAAAUUAUUUCAUUCAGGGAGCAACAGAGCAGGAAAUGAAGGAUUCUAGAAGCCUGGGGUUAACCAGAAGCAGAAGCUGUAGAGCCAAUGUUAUGUCUGAUUCGUUUUCAUCUGACCCUGAGAUCGUUGGACAAUGCGAGACAACCCCACCCAAUGGAUUGGAGAAAGACUUCCCCGGAAGACCUGAAGGCUUCCAAAGGAAACACCGGAAGCAACCUCCGGUGGGUUAUGAUGCAAACAACCCUAAACUGUCGAGAAACGAUUCACAGUCUUCCAACGGUACAGCUUUCAUAGACGAGCUUAACAGCACGAGCAGUGCCCCUGGCGAGGAGGGAAUUCCAAGCGUUGACACAUUUGUUGCUGGUCUGAAGGAAAUGGCUAAGCUUCAUCAGGUUGAAGAGGCAGGUAUGCAGGAUACUCGGUCCAUAAGAAGUGUCAAAGACGUAGGAUUGGAUCCACUGGUGGAUCCUUUGGAUUGGCCUCUCGAGUUUGAAAGGCUGCAGAAACGGAUAAUUGAACUUUGGCAGACUUGCAAUGUAUCAUUGAUCCACAGGACAUACUUUUUCCUGCUGUUUAAAGGUGACCCAAUGGACUCCAUUUACAUGGAGGUAGAGGUUAGAAGGCUUUCCUUCCUCAAGGAAUCAUUUGCCAAUGGAAGCCCUGCUGUCCAAGGUGGUAAAAUACUCACACUUGCAUCAAGCCUUAAGGCUCUUCGACGUGAGAGAGAGAUGCUUCGGAGGCUCAUCCAUAAACGGCUAAUGGGAGAUGAAAGGCACUCCAUCUACCACAAAUGGGGCAUUACACUGAACUCGAAGCGAAGGAGACAUAAUCUAGCUCACCGCGUGUGGAGUAACACUGACACGAAUCAUGUAACAGAGAGCGCCGCGAUUGUUGCUAAGCUGAUUGGUUUCUCCGAGCAAGGAGAGGCUCUCAAAGAGAUGUUUGGGCUUAGCUUCACUCCUCCACGCAUGAGCCGGAGAUCCUUUGGCUGGAGAAAUAGCAUGGCAUCACUCCUAUGAGUGGUGUGCAAAAUGCAAAUAGCUAUAUAGAGUGGUAGAUCAGACAUGAGAGAUGAAAGUUAACCCUUUUUUUUCAAGACAUAUGGGAUAUCCUAACCCCUCAGAUCAUUGAAUUUGUGAGUACUGUUGAUUGGUUAGUUUAGGAUAUAUUAUAGGAGCCUAUGUUCUGUAGUAGACUCAGUCUUCAUUUGGGAACCAUUUUGUUCUAUUUUCAUCAGUGGUAUUAAUGUGUAUAGAGAGAACUUGUUCUGUUGAAUUGAAUUACAAAAAUAGUAUGGUUAGUUUAGUUAGUUGGUGUUGAUU